CGGCAAGCAUGGCCACGGCAGUGAUCACCGCACAGCAGGCGCCCAGGAUCAGGGGACCAUAGACACAUCUCUGCUCCCAAACUUGGCUCUGGACUCCUGGACAUAUAUUUAACCGAUUAAUCGAAUAGUGAAGAAUGCGUGAUAAUAGCAAAAGCGAAUCCAAAGCUCAUGUUGCAUAAGCUUAAGUGUCCUGCAAGAGAGAGAGAGAAUAACAGCCGGCUUCUGCGCCUGUGCUCCUCCCGGGUAACGUUUCCCUCUGUCUUCGUCCUUCGCUCCUCCAUCAACCCGGUCACGGCGCUUAUCUUGUACUUUGGCCCCGGCCUUAUCCCAGGCUUUUGCUAUCGUCGACACCGACAACUAUAUUGCGAACACGGAGCCGGGGAGCCAAAUGAAGCAGUGCGGCUGUGAUUAAAAAACCAAGGAAUCCCGGAAUUCCGGAUGCUGUGUGUGGUAUCCCAGACCCCCAGCUAGCAAUGAUAUGCAAGGGAACUAGAUGCACCAGAGCUGUCAGUACCGCAUCCUCCUCCCGCGUAACGGUAUUUAUCACACGGUCUAAUCAUGUUUGUGAUGAGCAUCUGGUGCAGCAGCCUCAGCCUAAGCAGCCGCAGCCUGGCCAUUGCCAUGGUGGCCUGUGUCGCUCUGCUCUACUUCUCCUACAGCUUCAACGUCUGCCUCCUGGCCAGCAUUAGUCGCUGUUUGCAGCAGAGCAACAUUCGCAAUCUCCUGGCGUUAUCCUCCUCCUCUCACAACGAAAGCACUGAAUCGGGAGGCAGCAACAGCAGCAGCAGCUCCGGGAAUAGCUCCUCGACCAGCACAAGAGCUCCUCCCGUUGAGACCGUGACUGUUCAAACCAAUAGUCUUGAUGGAGCGGCACCCAAAUAUCAAAUGUUGAGGCCACAAGGACUCCGGCCAUCCCGUCACCUGCCCGAUACGCUCAUCAUUGGCGUAAAGAAGAGCGGAACGCGGGCUUUAUUGGAGUUCAUUCGACUGCAUCCAGAUGUCCGGGCUGCCGGCUCCGAGGUGCACUUCUUUGACCGGCACUACCAGAGGGGCCUGCGCUGGUAUCGUCACCACAUGCCCUACACCAUUGAGGGUCAGAUAACCAUGGAGAAGACGCCCAGCUAUUUUGUUACCAAAGAGGUGCCGCAGCGUGUCUACCACAUGAAUCCGGAAACCAAACUGCUAAUUGUGGUGCGAGAUCCAGUGACAAGGGCCAUCUCCGACUAUACCCAGGCAGCCAGCAAAAAGGCGGAUAUGAAACGAUUCGAGCAACUGGCCUUUGUCAAUGGAAGCUACUCAACGGUGGAUACCAAUUGGGGCCCAGUGAAAAUCGGUGUAUAUGCCCGCCACCUGGAGCGAUGGCUCCUCUAUUUUCCCCUGUCACAGUUGCUUUUUAUUAGCGGCGAGCGACUGAUUAUGGAUCCCGCCUAUGAAAUUGGUCGCGUCCAAGACUUUUUGGGACUGAAGCGUGUCGUCACGGAAAAGCACUUUUACUUCAAUGCCACCAAGGGAUUUCCCUGUCUGUUCAAGUCGGAGGCUCGCUCAACACCGCACUGCUUGGGUAAGACCAAGGGACGCAAUCAUCCGCACAUCGAUUCCGGGGCCAUCGAACGACUGCGGGACUUUUAUAGGCCCUUCAACGAUAGGUUCUACCAGCUCACGGGCAUCAAUUUUGCGUGGCCCUGAAAGGAGCCAAGGAUCAUUAAGGUCAGCUACAAGGAGCAUUGACCUGCGGAUCCAUAAAAUUAAAAUUCAUCUAUAGAAAACGAAAAAAAACAAACAAAAAAACGAGAAGUUGUGGACUGAUAUUGUUGAAUACAUUUUUAUACAUAAAUAUUAUUAUUGUACUUACAUACAUACAUAUACAUACAUAUAUACAUAUAUAAUUGACACACAUUUAGGGUUAGCAAUCAGAUAUAAUUGUAGCUUUAUCAGAACGAAGAUACAUAACGGUUCCUUUCUUCUAUUCGAAAUUGAAAAGAAAAAAAAAACAACGGAAUAA